GAAGAAAACAAAAAGUGUGCCAAAGAAAAAGAAAGGUUCAGAUACAGAAGAAGAUGAUGACGAGGAAGAGACUCCACAAAAGAAGACAAAGAAAAAGACCACAAAAGAAGGUUCUGACAAAGAUGGCAAGGAGAAGAAAUCCAAAGCUAAAGAUGACAAAGAGUAUGACAAAAAAUCGAUGAAAGACACCAAGAAAAAGGAACCGGCUUCUCUGUUCUGUGUAAAUGGAGAUAAGGAUAAGUCAGACUCCAAGAGCAAGAAGAAAGCAGCCAAAUCUGAUAGUGAUGACAGUGAACCAGAAACCAAGUCCAGCAAGUCAAAAUCAAAAAAGAAGGAGAACGCCAACCCGGCAUCCAUGUUCGCAGCAGGGGGAGACAAGGACAAGGAUAAGGGUAAAGACAAGGACAAAGACAAGAAGAAGAAGAAAGCCAAAGCAUCAGAGAGUGACGAUUCUGACUCUGAGGCAGAAAAAGGGACAAAAAAGAAAAAGGGAAAAGGGAAGAAGAAGAAGGAGGAGAGGCCUCCAUCCCCGGACAUUGAGUUUGACAGCCUGGAGGAGUUUGUCCUGCAGCCAGCCCAGCAGGGGGUGACGGUCAAAUGCAAGAUGACCCGGGACAAGAGGGGCAUGGACAAAGGCUUGUACCCCACAUAUUAUCUCCACCUCGACAAUGAAAAGAAGGUCUUUCUACUGUCUGGGAGAAAACGAAAGAAAAGCACAACCUCCAAUUACCUUAUCUCCAUUGACCCCACAGACUUGUCUCGGGGUGGAGAAAAUUUCAUUGGAAAGUUGAGGUCCAAUAUGAUGGGCACUAAGUUCACAGUGUUUGACAAUGCUCUGCAUCCAGACAGAGCUCUACCAGACAUGUCCAAUGCUCGCCAAGAACUAGCAGCCAUCAUUUAUGAAACGAAUGUCUUGGGAAUAAAGGGCCCCAGAAGGUUGACGGUCAUCAUCCCAGGGAUGGGCAAGGACAGUGAACGGGUGCCCAUCCGACCUCGCAGAGACAACAAUGGUUUGCUGAUGAAGUUCCAGAACAGAAAGAUGGACAAUCUGAUCGAACUCCACAACAAGACCCCCACGUGGAACGACGACACGGCGUCACAUGUGCUGAACUUCAACGGCAGGGUCACACAGGCCUCCAUCAAGAACUUUCAGAUCAUCCACAGCAAAGAUGAGGCCUAUAUUGUGAUGCAGUUUGGACGAGUAGCAGAUGAUGCCUUCACUCUGGACUAUAGCUACCCCAUGUGUGCGGUGCAGGCCUUUGCCAUCGCUCUAUCCAGCUUUGAUGGCAAAAUAACCUGCGAAUAACUGGAAACAAUGGGCCCUGGUGCCUCCUCAAGCUGCUGCAACUCGUUAUACUACAGAUGCACACUACCAGAAAGAAUCAUUUCCUUCACCACUUUAACACUCAACAUCAGUGCAAAGGUACACAGAAGGAUGGAUGAGACGAGAUGGGAAUCCAAGUGCAUUUGAUAACACAUGGACUGUCUUCUGGGAUUGUUUUGUUUGUUUGCGUCUCAUAUGCACAGGAGGCUGCUGAGGGGAGGGCGGCUCAUAAUAAUG